UUUGUUUACAAAAAUAUAAAUUUUGUCUUAUUGAUUUUUUUUCGCAGAUUUUUAUUAAUUUAUAUUCAAUGGGUGAUCUUUACAACCUAAAAUUAUUAUCAACAACAGCUGCAACAACAGAUAACAACAAUUCCAAUUUUUGGCCACCAAAUAUUGAUGAGCGCGUUGCGCAUUUAGACUUUGGAACGUCGACAAUGGAAGAUUGCGGCAAUACGACGAGCGCGUUAUUUGGUAGUGUUAUGGGUGGUGAUCCACGGCUUGUCUCAACUGAUUCUUUGGAUAUUGAAAUGCUUAGAAUGAGAUGUGAAAAUAAUAAACAAAAUGACUACAAAUUAACUUUUGAGGAUGAUAGUGGACAGUGGACAACAAGUGGUAUUGGAGCAAGUUUUAUGACGAAUGCAAGUGCAAGUCCAACGGCAUUACAAACAAGGAAAGCUCUUCGAUGUUUUAGGGGAAAAGAAGGCGAACAGACAACGUAUAAUCAACAUCAUCCAAGUUUGAGACUGUUGGAACGAUUGAAUUCUGUUGAUGACGAAGAUACAGCAAAAAUCAACGAAAGGAGAAAGAUUGGCAGUGAAAAAUGGCGAGAUAAAAUAUUAGAUGAAUUAUUUAACAAUAAUAACGGCAGCACAAGCUUUUCUCAAAUCUACAAGAAUUCUAAUAAUAAUAAACCAUCAGCAAUAACCUGGGGAAGAAUUGGUUGUAAUUUUGAAGCGGCAGGAUCAGAAUCUAAUGAACAACUUUCACGACCACUAGCUUUUGAUUCUGACAAAGUUAACAGUUUGCCUGUUUUGCACUCUAAAGCUAGUGGAAGAAACCACGAACAAAGUAAAAAUAAUGCUUUCAUCAAAGGAGACUCUUCACCAGCAGUUGCUCCCUCUCAAAAUUCAAGAAGACCACAAGCAAAAAUUGAUUUUAAUGAUGAUGGAAAUGAGGAUGUAAACAAUGAGUAUUCUGAAUUUUACCUGGGGGAUGGACGCUAUAUUGACAUGAAUCAUAAUGAGAUUGGAUUUACUCCAAAUAACACAAAUCAAAUGAAGCAGCAUGACAUCAAGCAAAAUCUUCAUGCUGUAAACAAAAUACAAAAAGGCGAGGACACUAAAAAACAACAAUUACCCAAUCGUCAAACUACUUCAUUGGCAUUAACAUCGUCGGCAAACAAUACUAAAAAAGAAAUGCCUAGAACCUUUGCAGAUCUUUCUCCAAGCAAAACUGCGCCAGAUUUACAAUUUAUUGCAUUGUCAUAUAAGGUUCCUUCAAUUACAAAUUCUUCAACAAUUGCCGCUACAGCUUCUUUCGAUGAUCUAUUGAAACAAGCAAAAGAAGGAAAUCUGGGCGCUGUUUUAGAAUGUUAUCCAUCAGAAAAGAUGCUUUUUGAAGCUGGCAGAGAUGAUGUUUGCGAGGAUGUAGCACCUGAUUCUGGAUUAGGAUCUUCACAUUCGGAAGGACCUUCACAUAUUGAAGAUUGGCAUUCACUCUCUGUGCUUUUGCCAAGACACGUAGUCGAUGCCUGCUCCUUUUUCAAAACCAACAGUUUCCUUCUGGGUGUUACUGAUAAUAACAUUGAUAAACGACGUUGUUACUGUUGCCAUGCCUCAACAAUGGGUUCUGGAAGAAGAUUUUAUGAAAAUAAAUGGCAAAAAUUGUUGAAUCAUAAACAGAACAAAAAUGGUUGUUGCUGUUGCGAUAAUGAGGCUUGUGUCAAAAGUUCAAUCGCAACAUUUAAUCCACAACGACAUCGUUUGAGAAGCAACACUUGUUUGGCUUCAACUGUUACUGAUGAUUUGUUUUUCUCUUCUUAUCCUAUUGGAAGUUCUUCAACUUCACAUGAAAAUUAUACACUUAAACGUCUUCAUCAACGCGAACUGGCUAUUAUUGGCUUGCCGAUUUAUGAGCAAAAACGUGGAAUUGUUGAGCGCGUCGUCGCUGGUGUUGGAGAACAAGUUCGAGGAGCCCCUACAUCUGUGGUAUUGUUGGCAGCAUUAGAGGCUUUAUUUGUAGAUGGUCUUCAUUCAAAUAUUCAACCAUGGGAUGUUAUUAAACAAUUAACGGGGAAAGGGCCUGUCACAGCGUCGAUUUUUCAAUUAUGUGAAGAGCUCGAGGUUUCAGAGAAGCCAAAAAAUUCUCUUGUCAGUCAUUUCUUUCAAGGAUUAAUUGCGCUUCAUUCUGUUGAUUGCUGGUUUUCUUAUAUUGUGCUGAAGGAACAUCAAUUACGCAAAUUUUAUGUAGAAACUUCUUUUCUUCUUGGAGCCAAUACUUCAUAUAGAUGCCUUUUUGCUCGUUUUAUUGACUAUCUAGAAUUAUUGUCAGUGCUCAAUCUUUGCAAUAGAAGAGGAUCAUUGUUGUCAAAUAAAAAAUUCAAUAAAAAACGCCGUCCAUUAGUGACAACAUCAUCUUUGGGAGUUUGUGAAAGAAAUGCUGCUGUUGAUAGUGUUGCGGCGAAGUUACCAAGUGAUUCACGUGUUCCAAAAAGCUCGUCAUUACCAUCAAGGAUAACGUUGAAUUCAAAUAAUGUUGUUGCGGUCAAGGAUGAAAACUCUUCACUCAACCAGAUAAAUAAAGGGGAAGGUGAAAAAAUAAAUGCGUCGGUUCCAAAAAAGCGACGAUCAAUGAUUCCAGUGCUCAGUUCGCGAAGCAAAUCAAAUGCCACAUCUUAUUAUCUUCAUGUUUAUCAUUCACGAAGUAGUUCAAGGCGAUCAACACCAAUGCAUAUUUGUAAUGUUAAAGAAAAUGUUUCUGAAGAUGAGCCAAAGAAUAUAACAAAAAAAGGAACGCUUUUGAAUGCUUUUAAAGGAGAACAAAUUGGCGUUAUUUCAGUACGUGGCCCAUAUUCACGAUGUGUACGUCUUGGUUCUGAAGAUGGAAAAUUAGUUUUACGAAAUGGUGUGAUACCUACUGACAAAUUAGAAUUUCUUCAUACUAACUAG